AUGGUACGGGUAUUUUCAGCUAAAAGAGGUUUGCUCUCCUGUCAAAAGCUGAGCAAAAAUGGCCCAAGAGCACUGUUUUCCACAUCGUUUCCAAAAUCAAAUAAUAAUGAAGAUUUAGAGAAAGUCAAGAUAUUGAUAGAGCAAAAGAUGGCUGAAUUGAAGAGAGCCGAACAAAAGAGAAUAGAGGAUGAAAAAAAACCAAAAUUAUCAGAUUUCACAAGACCAAUAGUGACAACAUUGAUCAUAGGGUCCAUAACCUAUUUAAGUCUCCAUUGGUUAUGGUGGCAUUUAGAGUACAAAGAACGUGAAAUAGUGUUGAAAGAGGAGAUGAAAUCUAAAGAAGAUGAACUAGCAGCCUUGCUUCAGGGACAAGAUACGCCAAAACAAACAGCUGGAAAGAAGUCAUGGUUUAGAUUUUGGAGCACGAAUUAAUGACUUAUAAAUGCUUGUAAAUACAUAAUAAAGAAU